AUGUACCACCUUUCCUACACCCCACAGUCACCCCACAAGACCCCUAGAACCUCUCAACUCACCCUAAGUUCAUGUACCACCUUUCCUACACCCCACAGUCACCCCACAAGACCUAGAACCUCUCAAUUCACCCCAAAUUCAACCCCAAGCCCCCUCCACAGCCUCACCUCACUCUCCAACGAGUCAUGCAUCCUCCUGACAGCAGCAAGGCGUCACCCCACAAGGCCCCUAGGACCUCUCAACUCACCCCAAAUUCAAGUACCACCUUUCCUACACCCCACAGUCACCCCACAAGACCUAGGACCUCUCAACUCACCCCAAAUUCAAGUACGACCUUUCCUACACCCCACAGUCACCCCACAAGACCUAGGACCUCUCAACUCACCCCAAAUUCAAGUACCACCUUUCCUACACCCCACAGUCACCCCACAAGACCUAGGACCUCUCAACUCACCCCAAAUUCAAGUACCACCUUUCCUACACCACACAGUCACCCCACAAGACCUAGGACCUCUCAACUCACCCCAAAUUCAAGUACCAUCUUUCCUACACCCCACAGUCACCCCACAAGACCUAGGACCUCUCAACUCACCCCAAAUUCAAGUACCACCUUUCCUACACCCCACAGUCACCCCACAAGACCUAGGACCUCUCAACUCACCCCAAAUUCAAGUACCACCUUUCCUACACCACACAGUCACCCCACAAGACCUAGGACCUCUCAACUCACCCCAAAUUCAAGUACCACCUUUCCUACACCCCACAGUCACCCCACAAGACCUAGGACCUCUCAACUCACCCCAAAUUCAACUCCUGCAGGGCACACAGAUGCUUCUCAUGCUGUAUAUCUAG